AAAUUUUCCCUAGCCCUUAUUCUUUUCAAUCUGCCAUUAGGAUUAUGACAAGAGCCAUAGAUUUGUUUUUACCUUGGAUUGUCUUUCCCCCUCUGACUGCGGCGGCAUUUUACUGCAUCGUCGUCUACACGCGUCUCAAUGGUCUGGGCGAUGCAUUGAAUGCCCAGUGUCCAGUGGAACUGCACGGAAACUCCACUCCAUUUCGUCUCACCUACACCGGUAUUGAGAGGCUGGAUGGUCUCUUUUGCAUCCUCGUCAGUACGUUCCACGCUGCGUUUGAACCAAAGGCUCGGUUGUUUUUGAGCUAUUUCAUGAGCCAAGCGACACCCAUCUUUAUGUUCAUCUCCCUUGAAUCCGCUCGCAAAGGAAUCCAUUUUACCUUACGCUAUCCCGUCAUCUUUACCUUCCUUAUGCAAGUUGCGACUUUCGGGGCCACCUUUGCCUGUUAUUGGUUACCAUUCAUCACCACUGGAGCUGCAAAAGCUGCUGGAAGUAUGGAUAGUAUCAUAACACAGGCAGAUGCAGAGGCAGUCAUUUUCGGGAACAUAUUGGGAGUAGGCCUUCCAACCAUUGCUAUGGUUCUUCUGCUCAACCCAUAUGUGACUGCACUCUGGCAGUUCAUACCCGUUUACGGAUCUCUAGCGACUCUGCUUCAUCUCUCUUUUCGUUCCCCAAAGUACCAUCCACAAUCCGGUUAUAAAACUAUCCGUGCCAACUACAGGUUUUUAUUCAUCCUCGAUGCGACCAUGCACAUGAUACUAGUCGUAUCAAAGUUCCGAACCCCAGAGGCUUUGAAAGCUUUUCUUCUUCCUUCUCUUAGCCUCAAUACGUCUAAUGCUACCAGCGAGCGGUUGGUUCUCAAUUUGCUUCAAUUUGACUUUGUAUUCGGAAUGGGCGCGAGCUUACUAGCAACCCUUUGGUUUGCCCGCACCCCACGACAACUUGGUUUAUUGCUUCUUUGGAACGUCUUUGGCACUAUUGUGGUGGGCCCAGGUGCUGCCAUGGCUGCUGUAGUUCUUUGGCGUGAAGCCAAGUUACACCCAAACGACAGUACCGCGGUGGAGAAGGAGAGGAAAUAUUGA